UCUCCCUGUAUCUUUCUCUUGCUCCGCCGCCUUUCACAUCGCUCUUAUUGACAAGAUGGCCGUCACAGAAGGACAACAAGUCAUGGCUCUCAUCAGCAAGCGUCUCCGUGCUCACCGCAAGAGGUACAACCGUAUUACUGAGAUGGAAGAGGCGGUCUCUCAGGGCAAAACCCUAAACAAGGAGCAAGAAGAAGCCAUCCGCUCGAAGCCAAUCGUCACCGCCCUAAUCGAAGAGCUCGAAAAGCUCCGUCUUCCCCCUUCUCCUCCUCCUUCCGCGGCCGGUUCAGAAGAGAUCAACCUCCCUGCUAAGAAAAACAAAAAGAAAAAGGAACGUAAGGAGGAAGCUGAGGAGGAAAAAGUAACUGAGAAAGACGUGACGGACCCUGAGGGUUGCAAGAUCUCUGAUGGUCUCGAUGCUGGUGAGGUCUCGAAGGACAAUAUUUCUCCGUGCAGCGUGAGCUCACAAGAUGGUACGACGUCGCCGCCCCCAGCGACUAAUGGAAAGCCACGACGUAAACGGAAUAAGGCGAAGAAACCUCAGACUUCGAACUGAUCGAGUCUCCGACUUUUGUACGAAGCGGAAGUACAUUGCGAAACUAUGAAUUGCUUUGGUCACAAUCCUUGGCAGUUUCCUUUUAGUGUUCAUCCGCUUGUUCACAAGUGCUUUUUGCGUUUGAGCUUUCUUUCUACUAUUUUUAAUUCAUUAUGGAAUUUAGUACUAGAGAAUUGUUUGGUCGC